AAUGACGAACAACAUCCACUGUUUAGGCGUAUGAAAGAACUUAUCGGCCAACAGGCAGGAUCUCUUUUUUGAGGUUAUUGUGGACAAUGAGGCGCGAACCCAAAGUCUUUCUUUUUUCAGGAAUCUUGCCCAGCUUAUCUCGACCUCUUUCACAGAUCUAAUCCCGCUUGUCAAAAUGUUUUGUUUUGAGGAAUUUGUCGAUCAUGGAAAAUGGGCUAAGAAAUCCAAGUUAGGUGAGGUAGGUGUUCAGUUUCAGUCAUUCACUGUUUACUCGGAGAUUUGUGUUGGCGACAAGCACUUCGAGUUUGCUAGAACAGGUUCGAACAUACACCAACCUCCAGCGGGAGAAAUGGGUGGGGUAGACGUCCGACACACACUGAGCACAUCUUCACUGCAGCAUGGUCCGCAGUUUAUGCACACGACCUUUGGUAUGCUGAGGAUGGAGGACAUUCAUGUGAAAGCUAGGCCAUUUCGAAUGUCGGUAAGGUUAACCUGUUUAGAAAUGUCCAUCGGCAGUCUAUGUUCCCUGCGCAAUCUAUGGGGCAUGUUCUCGGGGGGAGUGGGGGAUAACUCCAUUCCGGCUGUAGAUAGGAUCCUAUAUCCAGUGAAAGGAAGCCAUCGCUUACUGAUACCGAGUUCCCCCUAG